UUAUUUUUUAUUGUUUAUAUAUAAAUUAUUUUUUAAAAAUAAAUUUAUAUCAUAAAAAUAAGUUACUUAUAAAAUUUUUAAUUGGUUGAGUGAAUGAAUAUUCAUACACAUGAUGUGUCAAAAGGAAAAGAAAACGCAGCAAUUUGAGACCCCGAUCCAGAACGCCAUCGCAGAGAGCAGAGUCAAACACAGAAAAAGAGCACGAAAGCAUUGAGAGUUAAGACACUCCUGUCUCCUAGUACCUGCUGUACUAUUUUAAUAUCUGCUCUCUCUCACCAUAACAGCUAUUGCUUUCCUUUGCCUCGGAAAACAGCUUUCUUUCUAUCUUUAGAAGGCUGGCUUAGCAUAUUAUAGGUUAUACCCUCAGUUCUACUACUAGAUGAAGAUCCAGUGCGAUGUCUGUAGCAAAGAAGAGGCGUCCGUGUUCUGCACCGCCGACGAGGGUGCCCUCUGCGACGCCUGCGACCGCCGCGUCCACCACGCCAACAAACUCGCCUCCAAGCACCAACGUUUUUCCCUUGUCCAUCCUACAUCUAAAAACUCCCCUCUCUGUGAUGUCUGCCAGGAGAAACGGGCUUUCUUGUUUUGUCAACAAGAUAGAGCGAUUCUUUGCAGAGACUGUGAUGUUUCGAUACACAAGGCCAACGAGCAUACCCAGAAGCAUAAUAGGUUCCUUCUCACUGGAGUUAAGCUCUCUGCCGCCUCUGCCCUUUAUAUAUCCUCCUCCUCCUCCUCUUCCUCCUCCUUUGUAACCGACCGCGGUGAUCUUGUUCCUGAUUCCAAGUCUCAAAAACAGCCAUCGACCAAGAAAUCUGUGUCCCUCUCCCUCCCAAGUUCUCAUCCACCUUCAAUUGCUAAGACCUCAACUCCAAACUCAACAGUGAACAAGCCCUUAUCCUCAAAUACGACGGUGAACAAGCCCUUAUCCUCAAAUACGACGGUGAACAAGGGCGUAUUCUCUGACGCAACAGUGAACAAGGAAGGCUAUAAUCCGCUAAUAAAUGAAGGAAUUGGUUCAACAAGCAGUAUAUCAGAGUACUUGAUGGAGACGCUGCCAGGCUGGCAUGUCGAAGACCUUCUUGAUUUCCCUUCUACUCCCUUUGGUUUCUGUAAGCCUGAUGAUGGGAUAUUGCCGUUUGUGGGUAAUGACCUUGGGAGCAAUAUUACCCCUUUCUCUUCGGAAACCAUGGGAAUCCGGGUCCCUAAAGCGCCAACUCCUCUAUACCCAUCCCAACAUUAUCCACAGAUGGGAGAGCAAAUUGGGUUAAAGGAGACAAAAGAGACCACGAACAUGAAAGGUAACAACAGAAGGUGGGCUGAUGAUGCAUUUACUGUUCCACAGAUCAGCCCUCCCUCCUCUGGCUCCAAGAGAUCUAUUCCGUUCUGGUAGAACAAAAUUGACAUGCUCUUGCACGAGUAUUAUCAAGAACAAGGCCUAAUGCUUUGUAUUUUUGAAAUGUUUUGUUAAUCGAGUAUCUUCGGAUCUGGUUUGAAUCGUGCAUUUCUACCCCUCUGGCUUUUUGUACGUGAUCCAAUUGGAUUUUGUUUCUGUUUUUCGCUUGUACUUGCAAAGUGUAGACGUCUUUUGUAUAUAUGAAUGAAUGAGCUUUUUUCCCUUUC